GCAGAGUGCGCCUGCGCCGGAGCUCCCGGAAGUGGCCGGACCCGGAGCGCAGGCCGAGCUCACGUCCGUCAGCCCGUCAGUCCGCCAGUCCGCCAGGCCGGUACCUCGAGCGCCUUGGACCUCUUUGCUGUCCCGCCGUCUAUUCGACCCGAACGGCGGCCGAGGCGCUCAUCAUGGCGACGUUCAUUUCGGUGCAGCUGAAAAAGACCUCGGAGGUGGACCUGGCCAAGCCUCUGGUGAAGUUCAUCCAGCAGACGUACCCGAGCGGCGGGGAAGAGCAGGCCCAGUACUGCCGCGCGGCCGAGGAGCUGAGCAAGCUGCGCCGCGCCGCGGUCGGCCGUCCGCUGGACAAGCACGAGGGCGCGCUUGAGACGCUCCUGAGAUAUUAUGAUCAGAUUUGUUCCAUUGAACCCAAAUUCCCAUUUUCUGAAAAUCAGAUCUGCUUGACAUUUACCUGGAAGGAUGCUUUCGAUAAAGGUUCGCUUUUUGGAGGAUCUGUGAAAUUGGCUCUUGCAAGCUUAGGAUAUGAAAAGAGCUGUGUGUUGUUCAAUUGUGCAGCUUUAGCUAGCCAGAUUGCAGCAGAGCAGAACCUGGAUAAUGAUGAAGGAUUGAAAACCGCUGCUAAGCAUUACCAGUUUGCUAGUGGUGCCUUUUUACAUAUUAAAGAGACGGUUUUAUCUGCCUUAAGUCGAGAGCCUACCGUGGACAUAUCUCCAGAUACUGUUGGGACCCUCAGUCUUAUUAUGCUGGCACAGGCCCAAGAAGUAUUUUUUUUAAAAGCUACAAGAGAUAAGAUGAAAGAUGCCAUCAUAGCUAAAUUAGCUAAUCAGGCUGCAGAUUAUUUUGGUGAUGCUUUCAAACAGUGUCAGUACAAAGAUACUCUCCCCAAGUAUUUUUAUUUCCAGGAGGUGUUCCCUGUCUUGGCUGCAAAGCACUGUAUCAUGCAGGCCAAUGCUGAGUAUCACCAGUCUAUCUUGGCAAAACAGCAGAAGAAAUUUGGAGAAGAGAUUGCAAGGUUACAGCAUGCAGCAGAAUUGAUUAAAACAGUGGCAUCUCGCUAUGAUGAAUAUGUCAAUGUGAAAGAUUUUUCUGACAAAAUCAACCGUGCCCUUACUGCAGCAAAGAAGGAUAAUGACUUCAUAUAUCAUGAUCGAGUUCCAGACCUUAAAGAUCUAGACCCUAUUGGCAAAGCCACACUUGUGAAGUCUACCCCAGUCAAUGUGCCUAUCAGCCAGAAAUUUACUGAUCUAUUUGAGAAGAUGGUUCCCGUGUCAGUACAGCAAUCUUUGGCUGCCUAUAAUCAGAGGAAAGCUGAUUUGGUUAACAGAUCAAUUGCUCAAAUGAGAGAAGCCACCACUUUGGCAAAUGGGGUGUUGGCUUCCCUUAAUCUUCCAGCAGCAAUUGAAGAUGUGUCAGGAGAUUCUGUACCUCAGUCUAUAUUGACUAAGUCCACCUCUGUGAUUGAACGGGGAGGCAUCCAGACUGUUGAUCAGUUGUUCAAAGAACUACCUGAACUACUGCAACGAAAUAGAGAAAUCCUAGAUGAGUCAUUAAGAUUGUUGGAUGAAGAAGAAGCAACUGACAAUGAUUUAAGAGCAAAAUUCAAGGAACGAUGGCAAAGGACGCCAUCCAAUGAACUCUAUAAGCCUUUGAGAGCAGAGGGAAACAACUUCAGAGGAGUUUUAGAUAAAGCUAUGCAAGCAGAUGGACAAGUGAAAGAACGUUACCAGUCUCAUCGUGACACCAUUGCACUUCUGUGUAAGCCAGAGCCUGAGCUGAAUGCCGCCAUCCCUUCUGCUAACCCAGCAAAGACCAUGCAGGGCAGUGAGGUUGUAAAUGUCUUAAAAUCAUUAUUGACAAAUCUUGACGAAGUAAAAAAGGAAAGAGAAGGUCUAGAGAAUGACCUGAAAUCAGUGAAUUUUGACAUGACAAGCAAGUUUUUGACAGCUCUGGCUCAAGAUGGUGUAAUAAAUGAAGAAGCUCUUUCUGUUACUGAACUGGAUCGAAUCUAUGGAGGUCUUACAACAAAAGUCCAAGAAUCUCUAAAGAAACAGGAGGGACUUCUUAAAAGUAUUCAGGUCUCACACCAGGAGUUUUCGAAAAUGAAACAAUCUAACAAUGAAGCUAACUUAAGAGAAGAAGUUUUGAAGAAUUUAGCUACUGCAUAUGACAACUUUGUCGAACUUGUAGCUAAUUUGAAGGAGGGCACAAAGUUUUACAAUGAGUUGACUGAAAUCUUGGUCAGGUUCCAGAACAAAUGCAGUGAUAUAGUAUUUGCAAGGAAGACAGAAAGAGAUGAACUCUUAAAGGACUUGCAACAAAGCAUUGCCAGAGAACCCAGUGCUCCUUCAAUCCCUACACCUGCCUAUCAGUCGUCUCCAGCAGGAGGACAUGCACCAACUCCUCCAACUCCAGCACCAAGAACCAUGCCGCCUCCUAAGCCUCAGCCCCCAGCCCGGCCUCCACCUCCUGUGCUUCCAGCAAAUCGAGCUCCUUCUGCUACUGCUCCGGCUCCAGUGGGGGCUGGGACCACUGCACCAGUUCCAUCACAAACCCCUGGCUCCGCUCCCCCUCCACAGGCCCAGGGACCACCCUAUCCCACCUAUCCAGGAUAUCCCGGGUAUUGCCAAAUGCCCAUGCCCAUGGGCUAUAAUCCUUAUGCCUACGGCCAGUAUAAUAUGCCAUAUCCACCAGUGUAUCACCAGAGCCCCGGACAGGCUCCGUACCCAGCACCCCAGCAGCCUUCAUAUCCCUUCCCUCAGCCCCCACAGCAGUCUUACUAUCCACAGCAGUAAUGUGUCUGCUCAGGAGCUCAGCUGGUUCAGAUCAGAGGGAAAGAAAUACCAACCCUGCAAUAAGUGUACUAAACUCUACGCUCUGGUUAAUAUAAUGUACUCUACUGUACUGAAUUCAGUGUGUAAUUUCUGUCUGCGGCUAAAAGCAAAAAGCUGUGCCCCAGUUUCACAUUUGAUUAUACAUGUGAGAUUUGCUGCUGUUGCAGUGGGGUAUAAUAGGAUUUGAAAUAAAUUACAUUACAGUUUAUAAAAAGUGAAAAUGAGAAAUUAAACCUGCAAGUGAAAUGUUUGAAACUUCUACCUUCUACAUGAGACAUGGUUGGGACAUCAGAUACUUACAAAGAUGGCUUUAAGAAUGGUUAUUCAGGAAAACUAAGUUUUCUUUCUCUUUUGGUUUAUUGAUUUUAUUUCUAUUAUGCUAUUUUGCAUAAUCAAAGCAUUGUAAAUCUUAUAAUUUAAAAAUAAAUUACUUAAGAACAGUUGUCAUUGUUAUGUUUUGUCAUUGAUUCUCAUUACUGUCUAAUUUCUUUCUGGUAUUAGUCUCUCAUUUUGUAUGUAUAUAAGUUAAACAGAUACUGUGUUUAAGUGCAUGAAUAGUGCAAGUUAAUAGUCAGGCUCAAGGACAUUUUAUAGGGAAACCAAAAGAAUAGUACCAUAAUUUAUCUUUCAUAUGCUGAUUAGUAAAUUAAUUUUUGACAUUGAUUUUAAAAAGUCCUAUAAUGUGGAAGAAACACAUUUGCUACCAAAGAUUCUUCAAAUAAAUAUACAAAUAAAUUUGUAUAUUUAAUGUUUUAUUAUUAGCUUCUCCAAGAAACUGAUGCCAAUUUUGGUAAUAAUUCUUUCAUUUUUUUCCAUAACUUGAUUAAAAUAAAUACAUAUCAUUGACAGUACUGACUAAUAUAAUGGAAUUGUUUGGAGAAAAUUUACUCUGUACCCUUCUAUUCCUUUUUCCCACCUUACUGUCUUAACUUAGUAACAUUUAAUCAUAAUGUGUAUGAAUAUAUCUAAGCCCUUUUUUUGGCUCCUAAAAGAUUGGACUAUUUUAUAAUUCAGGGAACACACAAAACAAUUGCUGGAAACAUGCCAAUUCUGGAAUAGGCUGUUUAUUUAAUAUUAAUCUCUGCUAUUAGGAUAUCUAAUCACUGUAUAAGCCUCAGUAAAAAUAGUAAAGACAUGCACCAUGGAAUGAGAAAAUGAGAAAGGAAUGAGUUGUCUAACAUCACAGUGGGAUAUGUUCUAUGUGAAGUUCAUUUCUGAACACAUUAGGUGUAUGAGCAGAUUGCCAAUGAAUCUAUUUAUGUUUAUUUUUUGAGUCUUACUGCUGACAUUUUCUUGCAUUAUUGUUUUAUUUAAAUGAUACUGUCACUUGGUCCUCUGUUGUUUUCAUGGACAGUUUGGAUUUAUAUUUUAAAUGUUAGACUGAAGGUAUGAUUGUAAAAGGAAGUAAAUUGGUUUAAAAAAUAUGUAUAUUCAAAAACAAUCUUUGUUGUAUGUAGAAAACAUGAAGGCAUGUUAACAACAUAAAUGACCUUUGAUUACUUUUGAAUAUUGAAAUUGGUUUAAAGUCCAAUAGUUAAGCCUUGGCAAAAAUAGUUUUUCACUUAUCAUUGCUAAAUUUUUAUACUUUGGAUUCAUCAAAGUGUGACACAGGCUUGUUUGACUCUUCUGUAAAUGGCAUUUAAGUUCUCCAUUCUUAUUACUCGAGAUAUCUUAUACUAACAUAAGACACUCAGUGAGAGUUAGGGGUAUUCCACACUGCUAGUUUAUAAUUCUUACUAAUGCAGAAAACAAAACAAAACAAAACAAAACUGGCCUGAAUAUUCUCUUGGGGAAAGAGGGCACUAAAGGAAAAAGGGUAAGUGCAUCAGAGGGCCAAGAGAGGCCAUUUAGCCCAUUCCUCGUGCUAAGUUGAGCCUGUUCCCAGAGAGCCCCAGGACGAUCACUCAGAAACUCAAGAAAGGAGGCCCCACAGGCCUUUGAGGCACAGCACACCUGUCGGGCUCAACUCUGUUAGCAAAACCUUUUAAAUGUAGCAGCCCUGACCCAUUCCCUCUUGUCAGUUCACUCGUUUUUUAGAUAAAGAUUCUUUUUAGUCACCCAAGUCUAGGUACCAGUGACCAAGUUCUGCAGCCCUUUAUUGCUGGGUUUGUCUUCAGAGGCCUGUACAGUUUCAUUAAGGUGACUCAUGGAAAGAAGUGUCUUUUGUGUUGGACAUUCUAGCGAACAAGAAGGGAGCCCUCAUUGAGCUUGAUACUGAAACGUAAUCCUUUGCUUAGCCUCCCAUAUUCUAGCAAAUACCCUAAAACAUUGAUAAUGGAUAAUGCUGUUUAUUUGGAGUUGGGAGGGUGCCACUCUGUGGUUCAGGUAUGUUGUACCCUUGUUUAUAAUUAGGCUUUUUAAAAAAAUUGCCUUCCUAAAUUAAGGAAAAGAGAUCAUCUCUAGGCCAUUUAUUUUGGGUUUUGGAAUCCUAUUUUAAAGUGGAUUAUACUUCAGAUAAUGAAGCACUGCUUCGAUAGAGGACCUUAACAGAAAUGAAGAAAAAACUGUCUAACUUCUAUUUCUUAUUCCAAGUUGGAGACAUAUGGACCUGACUGCUUAGUCUGGUGUAAAGUAUUGGUUUAAAGAGGGCUAGUCCUGUGCCUCUUGGUCUUCAUUCUCAUUUAAGAAAAAGUCAUAAGUUACUGCAAACCAAUCAAUCUUUGUGAGAUACCCCUGUACUGAUAGCCCAACUUCUUGGCAGUUUCUAAUCCUGUCCCCCACCAGGCUAAGGAAUUGCAGAAAAAAAAAAAAAAUGGAUUUCCACAUAGCCUGUGCCCCUAACAUUCUAUCCCAGUCAGCAGCCUUUCUAGUCAAAACAGAUUUAAAAAAUGUUUUCCAUUGGAGCUUUACAGUUUGCAAAAGUGCUUUGUAUACAUUUUCUAAUUUCAGAAACAGGAUAGAAUAUGAUUUGUUAAGUAGGUUUCUGUUGGCUAAUGGAAAAAACUUUUUUUCAGUAUAUGUUGAAGAAUCUUGCUAGACACCUAGUGACAUCUCAUUUUUUAAAGACUUUCGCAAUUAUUAGUUAAUGAUUCACAGUACAGAGCAAGAUAUAAAGUAGGGAAAAAACCUGCUAUAGUGUUAUAAUUGCGGUUUAAAAAUAGACUUUAGAACUAACAGGUUGAUUAUAAGAUUUACAUGGAAGAGCAAAGAAGGAAAAAUUAUAUUUUUAAAGAAAGAGAAUAUUCAGGCUUUAUUUCUGGUAUGAAGUUUAUAUUUUUUAAAAAAUCCUAUAUUAUCACACCAGAGAUUUUAGAUUCUUUUCUGGUUACAAACAUUGCUGGUAGUUGGAUUAUAUUUUUAUUGUAUUCAUUUCUCUUAGGGGAAAAUUGUAAAGAAACAAAAGGUUCUAGAUGAAUGUAUCCUAGAAAUAAAAGUUGAAAGAUUCUUA